CUAGUCGUUGAGAUUUCUUGUCAUGCUGUAAACAAGUUUGUACUUGGGACGGUACUACAGGUAAAACCACAGGGCGUAUAAGAGGGUUCAUGUUCUCGUUGUAAUUGACCAGUCUCUACUACGAUUCACUCGCUCAGUUUCGUUCCUGUGUAUACUUUACCUCUCCCACUAUCUUCAUAGUAGUCAUCACCACCAACACACCAAAAUGCGUUUCUCCCACCUCGCCGUCUUCGCCCUAAGCGGCCUAUCGCUCGCGAGCCCCGUUGUCCAGCAAAAGCGCCAGGAAACGAGCAGCGUAGAAUCCCUACUCACCGACCUCUUCGCCACGGUGCAAGUCUACACCGGAGCCAUCAAUGCUACCCUUGCGCCUCUCUCCGCAUCCUCGUCUCUCCUCGAGAAGACCGCCGCAAUCCCCAAAGUAGGCGAGCAACUCAACAAGAUCACCGCCGCCAUCACGGCUUCGACAACGCAGAUCCGCGAUCUUGCUCCUGCAAACGCUACGCAACCCAUGGUCCCAGCCGAAGACAACCAGAAGCGUUCUACCUCUACCGAUCUCAUCGACGUCUCCCAGCCCAAGGAGAAGCGUCAGUUGAUCGUUGCUGGUGCCCUUCUUGCGCUCAUCAUUGUUGAGAUCUUUGCUACAAUUACCGCCGCGGUGGCGAUUUUGGGUCUCGCUGGACUUUUGGUAUUCAUCAACCCGUUGACAAGUGCGUUGAGUCUUUUGAUUCUCGCGGUUCAGUUGGUGAUUAAUGUUGUGCUCGUGGGUGUUAUUGCGUUGUUGAACAGUGUGCUCGGUGCGUUGGCGCUGGGGCUUAGUGGGUUGUAAGGGAUCAGAUUGGUUGUAGCGAUCGGCGGUGUAUUUGUAAAGAUAUGAUUGAAUUCGUUAUGAUGUUGAUAUUCCUGUCUACCUUGGUGUCAACCCAGCCGUGUUUCGGCAAAUUCAAGUGACAGUGUGAACCUGGAGUGUCGUCGAACGUUCCGUUUAGCGUAUACUUUUUCGUCCAAACUGUUAACCGGUUCUUAUAAGUAGUUUAGUUUCCUGCAUCUUCAGACACACUGAAGUGUAGUUGAUUGAUCGCGAUACCGCCGAUCCGCUUGUUC